AUGCCAAUAUACGCAGCCCGCCCUCCAACGCUGUUCCCUCUGGGGAACCAAUUGAUGGGCCUACUUGGCCAAGAGUCACUGCAGAAGUCGACUGCUGAGAUGAAGCGAGAAUUUCUUUUUUUGCCGGUGGUGAAAAUUGGGCUGCAAAAUUUCUAUGAAGUUGAAGAUCUUACUUUGCCUGAGGCAGGCUUUGAAGAGUAUGGGAUCUAG